AUGACCUCACCGGGGACAAAGAUGAGCAGUUGUCUAGAGAAGGUCAUCGAGAAGCUGACGGCCUAUAAGGAGGGAGCACUGACAGGGGCAGCUGAGAGGAGGCCCGCCUCCACCCAUGAGGGCGAGGGGCCAAAUCUCACCAGGAACCACAUGGCAGGGCGGCAUUCACCUCCUAAAGCUAAAGCAGAACCCCGCUCCUGUGAGGACACAGAUCACAGAGACAUGCCCAUAGAUCGCACAAUGACCAGCAUUAAAAGGGAACCCUUCCUGUACGUAGGAGGAGCUCUGGGUUGGACAGUACACCACCCUCUGCACCCCUCCAUCCAGAUUAAAGAGGAACAUUGGCCCUGUGACAACAGGAACUUCUCUGAACUGUUCACCCCGGUGGAGUAUACACAGUACAGGUCUGUCCAUAUUAAAGAGGAACCCCGUGAGGAAGGAGAACUCCUCAACAUGGAGGCUCCACCUCACCGCUCUGACCUGGAAUCAGCCAGGCGGGAAGAUGGCCGCCUCACCCAGAGCUCAAUGUUCCCCAUGUCCUACCCCUGCAGUGACAGCGGGAAGGCCUUCACCCAGAGGACCCACUUCCUGUCCCUCCAGCAGGAGCACCCGGGUGAGAAGCCAUUCUGCUGCUCAGAGUGCGGUAGAUGCUUCUCACAGAGGUCCUACUUCCUGUCCCACCAGAGAAUCCACUCUGGGGAGUGCCCCUUCCACUGCUUCCAUUGUGGAAAAUCCUUCCGGAUCAAGAGCAGCCUCAACAAGCACCUGAGGACCCACCAGGCAGAGAACCCCUUCACCUGCCCGCUGUGCCACAAGAGCUUCAUGCACCGGGGUCACUUCCUGGCUCACCAGAGGCUCCACGCUGACGAGGAGAAGUUCUCCUGCCCCCUGUGCGGGAAAUCCUUCAUCCACCACGGACACUUCCUGGCCCAUCAGAGGAGCCAUGCAGAGGAGAGCCGCUACUCCUGUCCGCACUGUCACAAGUCCUUCAUCCACCGGGGGCACUUCUCCGCCCACCUGCGGGUCCACACCGGGGAGAAGCCCUUCACCUGCCCCGACUGCGGCAGCAGCAGCAGCUUAGCACCCAUCACAACCUGGUGGUCCACCAGAGGCUCCACGCCGGGUCCUCCAUCUCCUUCCUGU